AUGGUUAUAGGAUCUAUGAUGGUUACGACAAUGAAUAAAGAACUUACAGAAAAACAAUUUAAUUUCAAAUAUUCAAUUUUUAAUUACUUUAAAGAUGAUUUCCAACUUUUUUCAAUACUUUUUAAAAACUAUAAUUUAUAUUUCCAACUUCCAUCAUGUUGUAAACACAUUGAAAGAAUAUCAGUACAAGUCGAUAAUAUGGCAGCAUUAAAAGUUUUGGUUGAAAAUUAUUCAUUUAAACCUAACAUUUCAUCAUUUUUCAAAUCAUAUGAAAUCGGCUCAAUAUCAGUAUCUCAAUAUCUAUAUGAAUCAUUAUUUUUAAAAUUAAACUUAAAAUUAACAAAAGAUCAAAUUGAAAUAUUAUGGAAUUUAACAUUUUCAAAUACAAUAACAACUAAACCGUCAUCAAAAUUUAUUUCACCAUUAAUAAAUGAUAAUGAAACGAUUAAUCAAAUAAUCAUUAAAAAACUAUUAUUUAUUGUAAAUGUAUUAAAACUUAAACCCACAGUUUCAAAUUUAAAACCAUUGGAAUCUUUUUUUAAUUUUAAAAUUUUUAAAGAAUCUUUAUCAAAAUUAUUAAUGUGUUGUAAAAUAGUAUCAAUAUUAUCAAAUUUUCAAUCAUUUCAUCAAAUAUUUAAUUUACAAUUUUCAAAAGAAAAGACCUAUAUUGAAAAUAUAAAAAUAAAAACUUUAAUAAAAAAUUCUGAAAAUUCUUUAUUAAUGUCAUCAAUAGUUUCACCAUCACCACCAUCACCACCACCAAACAAAUCAUCACUAGAAAUAAUAUCUUUAAUUUUAUUUGAUGAAAUUAAUAAAAUGAAAUUUACAAAAAAAGAAUUAUCAUCAAGUGUUUAUACUUUAAUUGAUAAUUUAAAUAAUUUAUUAUCAUCACCAUCCACUUUUAUAAUAACAUCAAUUGAAAAUAUUAAGAAACUAUUUGAAAUGUUUAUUAAAUUUACAACAUUUGGUAAAAACAAUUUAUUAGAAAAUUUUUCAUUUUUUAAAAUUAAAUUCUUUGGUGAUAAUGAAUCAUUUGAUUUAAAAUUGUUUAAAUCAUUUUCAAAUCAAUCGAUAAUUGAAUUAUUUAGAAAUGAUAGAAUUGAAAUAAUUGAAAAACUUUGUAAAGAAAAUAAAUUAAUAAUUAAUCGAGAUAUAUCACCUUAUUAUAUUAUGAAAUCAAUUGAAAUGUUUAAUUUAAUUUAUAAAUAUGAUAAAGAAAAGCAUACUAAUAAUCCAAUAUUCCAAUUACUUUUAUUUAAUUAUAAAAUUGCAAAUCAUUUCAAACAAAAUUAUAAUAACCAUUAUCAAACAUUAAUAAAAUCAACAACAAUCAAUAAAAUACCACAACAAACAAAUUUUAAAAAUUGGUUCAAUUUUCAAAAUUUUAAUUUUAUUUUUGAAAAUUGGUUUGAUUUUACAAAUGAAUUUAAAAUUCAAAUUGCCAAUUUUGUUUAUUUAAAAAUUUCAAUCAGUAAAAUUCCAUUAACUGAUUAUAUUAAAUUUAUUGAAUUCUUCAAUAAUAAAUCACUAGGUAAUAGUGAUUUAUUUUCAAAUAUUCCUUUUUACACAGGUUCAAAUCAAAUUACAAAUAUUUUUAAUAAUAAUAAUGAAGAUAUUGAAUUGGAUUUUACAACAUUUGAACAAGUAUCAUAUUUAAUUAAUAAAGAAUAUUCCCACCAAACUCUAGUUGAUUAUUCAAUCACACCACUACUUCAAUCAAAUGCUCAAAUAUAUUGUACAUAUUAUCUUAGAGGUGAAUUAGAUAAAAUUAUUCCCCCAAAAAUGUCCCAAUUUAAAAAAGACAUCUCGCUAGUAAUAAAAGAGAUUGUAAAAAAAAGUGAUAUUAAAUCAUUUCAAUAUAUAUUAUCAACAAAAAUCGAUAAAGCACAAAUUGGUGAUUUUAUUGACCGCGUUUUAUCCUAUUCACUCUUUUAUGGUAAUUUUAUAUUAUUUCACAAAUCUCUCAAUCAAAAAGUAAAAUUUCCAAUUUCAGAUGCAUUCGAACAUGGCCAAAUUGAAACACUACUUUAUUUUAAGAAUGAAUUAAAUUAUAAACUACCAAAUAAUGAAAAAUUAUUUGAAAAUUUAAUUAAUGAUAAUAAUUGUUUCUUUUAUAAUUAUUUUAAAAAUCUUUGUAAAUAA